AAAGACAGACUGGCAGGUCAUUUGCAGACGAUGGAUAGAUUGUCUUCAAUAGAUUCUCUGCAAGCGUUAUCUGCUCUGCUGUCUCCGCCGGACGGAGAUGAUGAUGAGGACUGCACGUUCGCGACAGCAGCUGCCAGGAUGGGCCCUGGACACAUUGGCCCUACAAAAUCAGAAAGUAAAGCGGCCACAUCAGCCUAUAUGAAGAACAACAGCAAAAACAUCUGGAGUGAAGAGGAGGUGGCAGAAGGUGCGCAGUUUGAUGACAUCACCGAUCCGCGGCCACAACCUGAAUAUGAAAUUGUGCUGAAGCAGAGAGUGGGGACGGAAGACAUCUUCUUAGGCAUGACCAGAAAAGACCCCUCUUCCAUGUGUUGUGAAUGCAUAGUGGUGAAAAUUAAACUUCCCGGAACAAAGGUGGCUGAAGUCAUCCUAGAUGUCAAAGAGAAGUUCCUUGAUCUGAGAACACAGAAAUAUAAGCUGGGCCUGCACCUUCCCCAUCCCGUGCACAGCCAGGAAGGAAAGGCCCAGUUCAUUUCUGAGAAGGAGGAGCUGGAGGUGACGCUGCCCAUGAACCGCCCACUGGACUGCAUCAACUUGGCCUGAGAGAAAGAAAAGGGAGGGGAGACGCAGAGACAGAGAGCAGGAGGGGAAAGCUGCGGCUCGGCUGAACUGCUCGUCGCUCCAAACCUGCGCCUCGGCAACAGUGAGGCUCCUCACACCCUGAGACCGAGA